CGUAGCGGCGGGUCGGAGCGCGAUGCUUGGGCUGCUCUCCCGGGUGCUCGCCUUCUUCUGGAGGCGGGCAGAGUGCGAUGAGGGAGGCGACGUGAGGCAGGCGGGCGCAGGUGCAUGUCAUACAGAACAAAAAACCGUGCAAGGAGUGGUGACGAGAUUUUGCCAUGAUUAUGGGAUGAUCAAUGACUUGAUAAUCUUCACAAAAGAUGCUGUUUCAAACGGCAUGCCACUGGCUGUUGGACAGGAAGUUAUUGCAGUUGUUGAAGAGGACAAAAUAUCAAGUGGCUUGAAGGCCAUCAGGGUAGAUGCAGUCCAGGCUACAUGGGGAAGCUACAGUAGUGCUUGUAAUGCUUCUGAACAACAUGCGAAAAUAUUAAUUGGCAAUAUUACUUCUCUCUGUAAGGAUGGUGGCUACAUUAAUCAGAAUACUCAUUUCACAAUGGAAGAUGUCUGUGAAGGUUUCAAGCCUUGUGUAGGUGACUUGGUGCAAGCACAGUAUUUUAUUAAACCAACAACAUGGAGCAGUGAAGCAGUUGCUGUAAAGCCUUUGAGAUACAAGCGAGUGGACAAGGUUCGUGUUUCCAGCAUCUGUGGAAGAAAUGGUACAGUAGAUGAGAAUAUAUUUUUCACUUUGGAUUCGUUGAGACUUCCUGAUGGCUAUUCACCUCGUGUACAUGAUCUAGUGAAUGUGAUUGUGGUGGAGAGCAAUCAGUCAUUUUAUGUUUGGAGAGCUCUCUGCUUGGCUCCAGUCGACCAGAAGGGGCAAUCUCGCUCCAACACAGUUGAUCUGGAUGACCCGUAUGAAAACUUAAUGAGAAACAAAGGAGGGCUGGAAGUAUCAAGAACAACCGAUUUUGGAACUAUGAAGCAGGGGGAAUCUAGAAGCAUGAUGGUUUGGAUAGAGAAUAAAGGGAGUGUACCACAGUCCUUAAUCAGCUGCAGAUUAGCUGGAUGGGUGAAAGACAAGCAAUUCAGUUUUCAGAUUCCUCAAAAAUGCCAGGACAGUCCAUCAGCGCAUCUGUCAUCUUUUGCAAUAAAUCAAGAAAAUGUCUCAAAAGCUGCAAUUAAUUUCUGUAAUGGCAGUGGAGGAACAACAUAUGAGUCACUGAAUAACGCGUGCAUUACGAAAAAUGGAGUCAUUUCAGAUGGAAACAAUCCUCAGGAAAUGAAUUUAUUAAAGACAAAAGAAAACGCUUUGAUGGUAAAAGAUGAGAAUCUCCAUAAUGGUGAAAAAGAGCAAAGAGAAGAUGUCGAACAGCCAGUAAAUCACACUAAUAUUACUGGAGAAGUUGUCAUACCACCAGGUGAAAAAACAUUUGUAGUGAUCCUAUGCACAGCUGUAAAUCCUGGAUACAGUAAAGAACUCCUGUUGCUUGGUUUUCCUGAUUUUACCAUUGGACGUUAUAUUGAAACCACAGUAACAAAUGAAGCAGAACUACUAAUAGCACCUGUGGAACCAUUUUCUUCAAGAAAACCUAAAAUUACUUCAGUACCCCAGCAUAGGACGACAACAGUGGUUGCCCCUAAAUGCCAAAGAAAUAACAGAAAGCUUCCAAGCUUCCUCCCGCAUUAUACCAUACCAAACGAGUUAAGAAGAUGUGUGGAGCAGAAGUUAGAUGUACUGACCUUUCAGCCUCUCCUAGCAGAGGGUCUUAAUAUAAAUAAUUACAAAGCAAAAUUUUCUACUCUCUUGUGGCUUGAAGAGAUCUAUGCGGAAAUGGAGAUAAAAGAUUUUAGCAUGAGUGGCAUUACUUUGAAAAGGAAUGGGAACUUCUUAGUGUUAGAAGUGCCAGGAGUGGAAGAAGGCAGACCUCACCUGAAUACAGGUGAUAAGGUGAUACUGAAAAGUCAAGUCUACUCUGAGCAUAUAAUAGAGUAUGUUGCCUACAUUACAGAGAUAUGUAAUGAAGAUGUUACUCUUAAAUUUAAUGCGGACUUUGAACGGGCUUACAACUUGGAACCCAUGGAUGUGGAAUUUGUUCACUGCAGGAUUACUAGCAGACGGUGCCAGUUAGCGGUUGAACAAGCUACCUGUCUGGGUGAAAAAGUUUUAUUUCCAGAACGGCUUCUCUUACGGUCACCACAAGCUGUCAAGACCCAAAAUAUUACUGAGUACUCUGGUGUUGAUGAUGGCCUUGAACAAUAUUCCCAGCAAGAGAGUGAGGUCAAAAAAACACAGAACAGACGGACUGAAUGCAUGGCAUCCAGGCAGAUGAACAUGCCAGACGUGGUGACAGUUACCGUGCAAACAAACCAACUUGUUGAUGAAACUGUGGCAGUUAAGCAGAGAGCAGAUGAAUUCUUCAAUCCUAUGUUGAAUGAGCAACAGAAGCUGGCAGUGAAAAGGAUAGUGAGUGGUGAAUGCCGUCCAACGCCUUAUAUUCUUUUUGGACCACCAGGAACUGGAAAAACAGUAACGGUAGUUGAAGCUAUUUUACAGAUACAUUAUACUUUACCAGAUAGUCGGAUCUUGGUUUGUGCUCCAUCAAAUGCUGCAACAGAUCUGAUCUGCUUGAGGCUGCAUCAAAGCAAUCUGUUAAAACCAGGAGCUAUGGUCCGAAUCAAUGCUAGCUGCAGAUCGCCAGAGCAAAUUGAUGAUACAGUAAAACCUUACUGCAAAGAUGGUGAAGAUAUUUGGAAAGCAUCUUGGUUCAGGAUAAUAAUUACCACUUGUAGCAGUGCGGGAAUGUUCUAUCAAACAGGAGUAAGGCUUGGACACUUCACACAUGUGAUUUUGGAUGAAGCUGGUCAAGCAUGUGAACCAGAGAGCCUGAUUCCUAUCGGGUUGAUUUCAGAAACUAAUGGACAGAUAGUUCUUGUUGGAGAUCCAAAGCAAUUAGGACCUGUAAUAAAAUCAAAAAUUGCAUUGGCUUUUGGAUUAAAUUUGUCCUUGCUGGAACGACUGGUAUCAAGGGAUAUGUAUCUGAGAGAUGAGGAUGCUUUCAGUGCCUGUGGAUCAUAUAAUCCUUUGUUGAUCACAAAGCUCAUAAAGAACUACAGGUCACAUUCUGCAUUGCUUGCUUUACCAUCUAAACUGUUUUAUCAUAAAGAGCUGGAAGUUUGUGCAGACACUUCAGUAGUAACUUCUUUGUUGCACUGGGACAAAUUGCCCAGGAAGGGGUUUCCAUUGAUUUUUCAUGGAGUCAGGGGCAAUGAAACUCGCGAAGGUCACAGCCCCUCCUGGUUUAAUCCAACUGAAGCAGUUCAAGUAAUGCAGUACUGUUGCCACCUGGCUAAAAACGAAAGCACUGCAGUGUCAGUGACUGAUAUUGGAGUGAUUACACCAUACCGUAAACAGGUGGAAAAAAUCAGAUUUCUUCUGAGAAGCAUUGAUCUGCCAGAUGUUAAAGUUGGCACGGUGGAAGAGUUUCAAGGGCAGGAGCACAUGGUUACCAUCCUAUCAACAGUGCGAUCUCAUGAAGGUGUAUUUAUGGAAGAUAAAUACUGUCUGGGCUUUCUCUCUAACCCAAAGCGAUUUAAUGUAGCAAUUACUAGAGCAAAAGCUUUGCUGAUUGUUGUGGGAAAUCCUCAUGUUCUUGUGAAAGAUCCCUGUUUUUGUGCGCUGCUGGAGUACAGUUUAAUGAACAAAGCUUAUGUAGGUUGUGAUCUGCCUUCUGAGCUGGAAUGCCUGCACCAAUGUGACUAAUUUUUCCAGUGUUGAAGAUGCAUUCAGUCCUCUUCUGAUUUUGAAGCUAAGAAUGCUUAACAGAAAUCCAUUCCUGAGUGAAUCCAACACCUUUUGGCCUCAGGGAAAGGCACAUGUUCUGAAAUUCUUUGAAGUUUAUCCAAGAGACACUUGUAAUACUUUUAAAGAGUAGCAAUUAGUCUGCUUUUUUGGGAAAAUAAGUGUAUAGCUUUAUGCUUCUAAAGAAGUGUACAUGAGUCCUGCACGCUUCAGAAGAUACUGAUGAAUUAUGAUAAUUUUUUCUUAUUCUGUAAUUUUUUUGAGCAUCUCAAUGUCCUUAGACUUCUGUAAUGCCUGCUGAGACUGGUCUGUCCCAAGAACAUACAUGUCUUGUAAUCUUGUUACAGGAGUGUUACAGUAAUAUAUCCACACUGUGAACUGGAAUGAUGCACGAAUCAUUCCAGUUGGCUGAUGUUGAGUAUCUUAAGCUAAGCAGGUCUAAAAGCCCUACCUUCUGGUCUAACGACUUCGUAUGUACUUGAGCUCAUACAGGGUUGUCUUAUUUCUUCACUGCAGUCCAGCUGUCUGCUGUGGUAUAUGUCAGAAUGCCUCAGAUGACAGAUUUAAAAAGGAGGAGGUAGGGUGAAAAUUGUUUUGCAUUUCUGCAAAUGCACCGCAGAAUAAAGCAUUGUAUUUCACUUCGACAAAAUGAAAAAUAACUGAGGGGCUGGCUGAUGGCUUAGCAAUACUCUUGCAAUCACCUUAAUUGUGUGCUGUGCUGUUCCCUUGAACUGAAUAUUCUUCUCUUGUUGUCCUCUCCAUGCUAAGUCUCACCGUACAGCACUGUAGGAAUAAUAGUGAAGCAGUAUGUACGCUUAUGAUGUACCAGAUCUUACAACCACUACUCAGCCAUAGUGCUGCUUAUACCUACUGUCAAGUGUGCUCAUGAUUUCCUUGAAGACAUU